CUUCGGAGCUGCUCCUCCUCCGCCUUCUCCUCCUACUUUAUUAUUGCCUUGCAAUCCUUCCCUCGGUCCCGGACGAUGGCCAUUGUUGUUCACCGUCAUUCUGUUCCGGAUCGCUGCUCUUUCUCUCCAUGUUAGUGAGGUGAUCAAUCCUUACAAGACAGCUUCCGUGUCGCAUGGCUGGCCAAGAUCGGAUCGUCUCUGUCCCGUUGAGCACUUGAAGCUCACUUCCCCUCUCCAUCCGCUGCCUGUCCGCGAUUAUCUUCAUCCGCUCGAGGCCAUCUGUCCCUUCGUCCGACGUCUCUACCACCCCCUGCUCUUUCAAGACUCAACAUCAUGACUGAAGGUACCUUCCUCGGUACCUGCGGUCAUUGCGCCGAGCUCCUGGCGAACGUUCCGCUCUCGGUCCUCCUCGUUACCCUGGUCGCAACUCUCGCUGGUCUGUCCGUCCUGUUCUACAUCACUCUCUACACCGUCGCCCCGGUCCCGCGGAAGCCGUUCCCUGAAGAGAAGAAAUAUCGUACGCUCCUGAAGAAUGGAUCGAUCACGGAGCCCCUCGAUUUACCUUGCUGGCAAGAUGCCCUAGACGCUCAAAAACGCCCCGGUCGGGUUCUCGACCACACCUCGAUGGAGGAAGCCGAUUUGUUCAUGUCAUUGGUAGUACCCGCAUAUAAUGAGGAAGACCGCCUGGCAGGCAUGCUGGAAGAGGCAGUGGAUUACCUGGAAAAGGUCUAUGGCACGGUAACAAACUCCGCCAAUGGCGCUGAGACCGUUACGGCGGAAAAUGCAGUGCGUCAACGGAAACAGGCCAAUGGGCACACCAAUGGCUCUGCGACUCAUCGUCCGGUACAUGACAACAAGGGGUGGGAAAUCAUUAUUGUCUCUGAUGGCUCCAAGGACAAAACAGAAGAGAUAGCAUUUACAUUCGCUCGUGAUCAUCAACUCUCAAUGCACCCCAAGGGCUACGCUGGCCCUUGGACUCCGGGGACGCAUGAGGGUGUCCGCAUUCCCCCGGGCACUAUCCGGGUGGUGUGUCUGACAGAGAACAGGGGCAAAGGUGGAGCCGUCACCCACGGCAUGCGACAUGUCCGUGGCCAGUAUGUUGUAUUUGCAGAUGCCGACGGAGCGAGCAAAUUCGAGGAUCUAGGAAAGCUUGUCGCGGCCUGCCAGGAAACCGAGGACGCAAAAGGACGCGCAGUGGCCGUUGGAUCUCGGGCGCACAUGGUGGGAAGUGAAGCUGUAGUCAAGGUAUGCUCUAACAUAUCCUUUCUCUAUACCCGAGAUAGCUAACCGAUGAUUCCCAUACAGCGCUCGAAGCUGCGCAACUUCCUCAUGCAUUCGUUUCAUCUGAUCUUGUGGCUGUUGACACCCUCUAAGACGGCCACUAUCAAGGAUACGCAAUGUGGAUUCAAGUUGUUUUCCCGGGCGUCGCUGCCGUACAUUAUCCCUUAUAUGCACUCCGAGGGAUGGAUCUUCGACGUGGAGAUGCUUAUGCUCGCCGAAUUUGCCGACAUCCCCGUGGCCGAGGUGCCCGUUGGAUGGAGAGAGGUCAAGGGCAGCAAGUUGAAUGUAAUCCGGGAUAGCAUCGGCAUGGCUUGGGGACUGGCUGUCCUGCGAGCUGCAUGGUUACUUGGUGUUUAUCGGCGUACUUGAGAUAUACAUACUGCUCUUUUAUCAGGAGACCAAAGAGAAGCAAAUAGAGUAGUGAAGCAGAUAACAGCAUCAUCAUCAUUGUCACAUAAUACAAUCAUCUACUAUUUCGG